AUGGCCGAGGAAGGAGAAACGCAGAAACCCAAUAUUGCAGCUAGGGAACGAGGUAAGACGAAAGUUGAGAACAGUCAUAAAUCGAGAAGGAAGGUUGGUUCAUUGAGAGUUGGCGCGGAGCCUACCAGGCUCUCCGGAGUAAUUAAAAGUAUUCAAAAUCAGUCUGCCUUUUUACUUUACAGUCAAAGACCUUUUGAAAGUGGACGAGGUAUUCUCCGGGCGGAGAUUUGAAACGAACGACUUCUACGUUCGAAAACAUGCGUGUUUCAGACACUUGACUUAUUUGAGCAACCACAAUUCAAUACCUUUAAGCUUAUAUCACUUCUGCAUACAUGAGAUCUUGUGGCUGUGAAAAUAUUUGCAAAUGUCUAGACUUAUUUUACUUAAAGGACGAAAUUUCUGUAAAAUAGUUCGCUUUUUUAGAGUUAAGAUGUCAUUGUACGGUAGCUUAAAAUAACUCCCUGUGCGAAGUGGAAACUUGAUCGUGACAAUUGAAGCUAAAAUCCCCUUUCUCCUUCGUAAAGAAACAAUAUGCUCAAAACGGUAUCAUUUCCAUUAUCAAUCGUAAAGGAAGUAAAAUGAGGCUUUUCUUUACUUUCUCUUGCACUAAAUAAACUAUUUUGGUGUUUUACAAUCACACAGCUGCUCGCUAUUUCCCGUGUCAUUUGUGAACUUUUAUGCGCAAUUCGCUAAUUGAUUUCACUGUUAGGUAAGUUUAUUGCCGUCUUGUGGCAGAAAGUAUCCAAAAUAAACCUGUCAGAUCGAAAUUGCGUUUCAUUCAGCACGAUAAAUUGAACAAUUAGACAAAUUUUAUGAGGAAAGGGAAAAUUAGAGGAGCGAGUGCGGCGAAUAUUUCAAUAUUUGAUGGAAAUGUUUACAGUUUUAAUUUUUACAGCUGGUAAAUUGCUAGACGCUAAAUUGCUGAGGGCUUGUUUCUUUUCUCAACAGGACCCGGACCGGGCAGAUAUGGCCUUCCCUCCACAAUGGGCUUUCAAAAGCACGACUUUUCAAAACGCAUGAAUCCAGCAUACUCGUUUGGACAACGUCUUCCCAACAGUAAGUACUAUAAACAACAAAAGCGAUUAUCACUAGCGAUGCAUUGAAACGUAUUAAGAAGUCAAUUUAUCGCGUUAAGGGUUUUCCCUCAGUUUAUGGAUUAUUUGUUUUCGAAUAAAGUUCUUUAUUAUUUACUUUCAGCGUUUAAAGAUGAAUGCAGUCCUGGACCUCAGUAUAAAAUAGAUCCUAGAAUAACUAAAACAGGAUUGGACGGCACCCCAGCGUACUCUAUCCUUGGGCAGCAAAAAGAUCAGGGUAGGUUUAAUAAUGACAAGCACCUGAAAGUCACGCAAAGUAUUAAAAAAAUUGAAGCGCUAAAAUAAUGUAGUAUUUUGCGUUAAACUAUUGGCAAAGAAAUGAGUAGGAUUUUGUAUAGUAUUAUCUUAUGCAGAAAUACACUGGAUGACAAUAUGAAUGCAACCACCUGCUCCCAUUAUUUCAAUUACCUCUGUUGACUUCUUUAGAUGCAAAUUCGUAAGAAUCAAUAUCCCUACUUCAAAGUCAUUUUGUGGAGCUUGGUGGCACAUUAAGCCACAUCAGGUGAUUAAAAAGAUUGUAAAAGGAAAAAUGGAGGAAUAUGUUGCUAUCCUGGAACAGAUAGCUAGAUUAUUUUGACAAUAUUUGAAUAAAAAAGAAAAAUUAAUCUAAGGAAGGCUCUUAGAAUAAAAUUAAGAUGGAAUCCAUCAGGAAAUUGGGUAAUUUUAGUUUUCAGUGGACAAAAACCUUGUACCAGAAUAAUUUAAACAAUAUUGCAUUGUCUUUUACCUUUUUCAAGGGCUAUAGAUAUAAUUAGUUAUCUGUAAUAACACCAAAGACUAGCUAUUUCUCAUGAGAUCCCAAGGAAAUAAAUGUCAAAUUUCACAAGAAUUGUGAAAACAAAGGUGAAAAUUAUUCUGAAACUUUCAUGUGUAAGGUGUCAUUUUGUGAAAUUUGACAUUUAUUUUCUCCGGCUCUCAGAGAAAUUUUCUUUGGUGUUAUUACAGAUAACUAAUUACAUCUAUAGCCCUUGGAAAAUGUAAAAAAGAAUGUGAUAUUAUUAUUUUAAAUUAAUCUGGUACAAGGUUUUUGUCGACUGAAAAUUAAAAUUACUCAAUUUCCUGAUGGAUUACGUCUUAAUAAUUUAAUAGGUACAACAGAGUUCAAUUUUACAAAAAAAAAUAAUGCAAGAACAGGCCCUUUGAUCUUCCUACAUACCAGGAAGUCUAGUGUGAUCGAAGGGCCUCACAGGGUAGAUAGAUGAAUUGACAACAACAGUUUUGUAUGUGGGUCUAGCUAGUACAGUGCAAAGCCUGCAUUGGUGAUACACACAGAGAUGGAUCUAAGGGAGGCAAAGACGACCUUCAUCUCAUUUUUAGUCCAAGAGUACAAGAUCUACAAAACAAAACUUUUGCAUAUUCUUAUUCCAGAAUACAAUCAAUCGAAUGCACCCUAUUAAAAAAGUCAGCAGAGAACAGGAGUCCUUUAAAUCACAUCACAUGUUCAUGUAGAAAUAAUUAAACUGAUGGGGCACAUAAAAAGGAUUUGCACUGAAAAAAAGUGAAGACUGCCUUUCACCAUUAUUACAUGUUAAUUUAAGAAUGGCAGUCGUAUAAAUAUACAGUCAGCUCUAACAAUGAACAGCUCUUUACGAUGGACACCUCCCUAAAAUGAACACCUAGAGUUGGCCUUAAUUUGCCACUCUCUAGUAACAUUCUUUGACUCUAGAAAGGAACAACACUUCUUUGUAACUGUCCCAUUUUUAAAACUUCAUGCAUACGGAGUUGCCACCUUUAUAGUAUGAAUCUUACAGAGAGUUGACAGUAGAAGUUAUAAUAUUAAGAAAGUUGCAAAAUAUGUUUUGUUUAAUGUCUUCAACAGCAACAUUCAAAACUCCAGCGCCAGGAGCCUACUCCCCAGAAAAGGUUCAUCCGCAGGGUGAAAGACACGCCCCAGCAUACUCAAUGGGCAGUAGAUCUCGAUACAGAAAACGUACGUAUACUCACUUCUAUCCUGUCUUGCUCAAUUCAUCUGAUUUGAUAAAAGAAAACAAAGAAAUUGGGAUCUGACGACAAUCAGGGGACCCAUAAAAACUCAAUAUCCUGAAGACUACCUGUGCAGCAACCUUUCAACAGCUCAAGUUGUUUCGUUCAAAGUAUGCUUUGCACAAAUCAAGUCUUAGUAAGCAUGACAACUAACUCACAUGUUCUAUUUGUGGUUAAUCUAAGAUUGGAUAUAUAACUGAGCUUCAAAAACUCAGUUUAAUUAUCUGCCGAUCCAUUUCGAGUCUCACUUACAAAAACUUCAAUCUCCAAAAUUAAUAAUGAAGACUCCACAAUAAUAACACCCAAGUUUGCUUGGAGCCUAUCUGAAUUGCACAGAUAGGCUCAUUAAGCUAACAACUUUACACAAAACUUAAGAAUAGGGUGUUAACAUUACUUUUUUGCUUUUAGGCGAUGCCACUCCCUCUCCUAACUCAUACACCCUGCCACCACUUCUUGGCCCAAAAGUCCCAAACAAAGGCUCCUCAGCCUGCUUCUCAAUGACCAGCCGAGCAAAAACUGGUGGAUUUUCUGAGGACCUUGCUAAGACUCCAGGACCAGGGAGAUACCAAACAGUGGAUCCAAGUACCUAUAAGAGAAAAAGCCCUGCCUAUUCUAUGUUACAGCGAAACUUCAUGCCUGGAGGUAAUGUUCACAUUGUUUUGCUUUCAUUCACCAUGACCUUCUAAGUUAAAAUGUGUCCUAGGUAGUGUUGUUCCUCAAGAUGGCCUGGUUUUAAAAAGAUUUACCUUAACUUAUAAAUGGCUUCUUGAAACUGACCUCAAGGUUUUCAACCCUUUAAGCCCGAAGAUCUAAAAACAAAUUCUCAUGACUGAUCUCCAGACAUUUCUUCUAAGAAUAGUUGAGAGAAUUUGGUUUAAGAUCAAAGAGUUAUCCCUUUGGUAAUCAGUUUAGUAAUUCUCAUGACCUUAACUGUUGAUGAUGUGCUGAUGUUGUUAGGAGAAAAUUGAUGUUGGUCACUCUAGGGGCCUUAAUGGGUUAAGGGAUAAACAUUAUAAGAAAUUUUAUCAGUGACUUCCAGUGAGAUUAGUGGAGUAUAUCACAAAGAAAAAGCUACAGAGCACAAGGUGAGGAGGAGACAUGUCCCUCACCAAGAUACUCCUGCAGCCUAUUCAUAGGCUACUCAGAGCAGGAUUGUCAAAAGUAGCCGGAUGCCGGCGAAAAUCGCUGCCUGCUUGUACGGAUGAUGUUUUUUUACAUAAAAUAUCCCUGGACUGGCUGCUUACUUUGACAAUCCAGCCAUCUACUUCAAAACUUUCUGGCAACCCUGUCAGAGAGUAUGUAAAACUACACCCUAUUGGGAGUCUCUUUUGAUCCAAUAAAAUAUAUAGAAAAUCUCUGUUUGUAAGUAAAAUCAGUUGAGAAAAGGGGGUUGACUGCAUGUUUUGCUACAGAGUUUUAAUCAUGGCUUCCUUUAUUUUACAGACUCAACACAGAAGCCCGGUCCUGGUGCACACAGCCCCGAGAAGGUGGAACUCAACAAACCAGCUGCACCCAAAUUUUCACUUGGAAUCAGACAUAGCGAAUUUGUCACACCUCUUAUCAUCGAUGUUACAGAUUAAUUUUAUUUCUUGUUAGUUGCCAUGAAUUUUACUUUAUUUCUUUUCUACCAUUAAUUUUCGACAAAAGAAAAAAAAAGAAAGAGACAAAGAAGCAUCUCCAAUAAUUUAUAAUAGUGUAAAAUGAAAGAUAAUUGCUAUGACCUUUGAAUGAGUGUUGAAAAUGAAUAAAAAUAUACUGCUGCAGCU